AUGACCAAAAAUUUCCUCAAAUCCACUUUGAAUCACUGGCUUUGUUCUUCCCAAAGGCAGCUAUUACUCGAUUUGCGUUCCUCGCAUAAUCAUGAUGCUUGCAGAAUUAUUCCUUCAACUUGCAUUCCUCUCGAUGAUAUUAAAAAACAUUUAUUCGAACUUCCCCCAAAAUCUUUACCAUUUGCAGUAUUAGAACCUCAUGACCACAAGGGAGUUGCUCAGAAAUUGCUGAUAGACCAAGGCUGGAAAGUUCCUUGGAUCUUUGUUGAGGGAGAAGAAUUAUGGAAAGUGAGUCGAGAGCUUGGAAUUUUAGAAGAGCAUGCCAAUAACAAUGGUAACAACACCGAAAAUGAAUCAAAUCUUUCAAAUCGACAUGGAUGGGUAUUAUUUCAACCUAGUCCAUUCUUGAUGAACAAUAUAGAUUUCAUCGAGAAUUCACUCAAAACAUUAUCAUCGAACCAUGUUUUUAAUUGUCUUGAUGUCGCAUGUGGAAGUGGAAGAGAUGUUGCAUGGUUAAGUUCGCGUCAAACUGUUGAUUGGCGUACUACUGCAAUUGACGCAAUGUCUGGAGCUCUUGAUCGCACAAGACGAUUGGCAUCAAGAUCAGGCGUUUUGAAUAAAAUUCAAACCGUUCACGUUAAAAUCAUGACAAAUGGAUCGGUCAAAAAAUAUCAAGAAUUUCCACCAGGUGAUGAUGUCUCUGGGAAGGUUGAGACUCGAACAAAAUUAGAUAACAGCAUCAAGGAAAAUCAAAUUGAAUUUUUAAAGAAAAAAUAUGAUCUCGUACUUUCAAUUCGUUUCUUAAAUCGAGAAUUCUUACCCACUAUGGCAAAUCUCGUAAAACCCGAUGGAUUUCUUUUAAUUAGCACAUUCGUUAAUGAUGGAGAACAUACUUAUAAGAAUCCACAAAGUAAUUCUCAUAGGUUAGAGCUUGGUGAACUUGACAUUAAAUUUCAAAAAGAAUUUGAGGUUAUAAAAGAUGAAAUCGAAUUAAUCGAAGAUGGAAGGCCAGUGAAUUCAUUCCUUGCAAGAAAAAAAAAGGGGGGAAUAUAA